CUUUAUUGAGAAUCGUCUUGGAUUACUCUUAACACGAUUUCACAUCCUCCAGUUUCUCUCUUACUUUUAGUCACGAUAUGUUGUCACGAUCAUACGACGAAGUAUAACACAAAGACGGUAUAAUUCAAGCAUGAGAUAAAAAGAAAAGAGAGAGAGAGAGAGAGAGAGAGAGAGAGAGAGAGAGAGAGAGAGAGAGAAUACAUUAUUCCCUUUAUAUUCUUUCUGGAGUCUUUCGUUAAAUAUUAAUGAAGUACAAGUCGAAUGGCUGAUAACAGUAUCGGUACUCUAUAUCUUAUGUUUCUUCACAUCAGCUCGUUUAACGAGAGAAAGGAAAAGAUAGAGAGAGAGAGAGAGAGAGAGAGAGAGAGAGAACGAAGGGAAUAAACAAGUGGUUGAACAGAGUGGAAUCAUUAAUAUUGUAAAGUAACACCGAUUGAUAGGGGGAAAGCACAAAAGCCAGCAGUUCGUUUGUGUACGUUUACUACCUCUGAGAUAUCCUGUCAUUUUCUUUUCAAGUCUUUUAGAGAUUCACGGUACUGAUUACAAGCUAGUUUCUCUGUCAUCAGUGAGACUAUCAUCGUUCGUGUAUUUCAAUAUAGAUUGACAUAAAUUGAAAAAGAAAAAGGAAGGAAAUAAUAUAUAUAUAUAUAUAUAUAUAUAUAUAUAUAUAUAUAUAUGUAUUAAUAUAUCUAUAUAUAAAAAUUCAAAGGAUCGUAAUGAAAAGGCAAACGCUCGAACGUAAUACGAUAGAUUAUUACAUACUUCCCAAUAAGAUUUUAUGCAAUAUCGUUGGGAUAUGGCCGAUCGAGGAGAAAAAAAGUAUAAUGAUGAAAAAGUCCUUCGCUUACUUUCGCGUGUUCUUUGCUUUGACAGCUGUCAGCAGUGUUCUCGUGCCAGAGAUUUUAGCGAUAAUAAUGAAUUGGGGAGAUAUAGAAGUAUUGACAGGUGUAGGUUGCGUAUCUACGACAGUCGGUCAGCUACUGUUCAAAAUGAUUUACUUAUUGGCCAGAAGAAAAAUAUCAUUGAAAUUGUACGAGGAUAUAAGGAAUUGUUGGUACAUGUCCAAUGAUACGAAUAAUAGAAAAUGCUACGAGGAUCUAGCUGGCAAAGCUAGAAUAUUAACAAUGGGCUUCCUUUUUUCUGGUUUGUGCAACGUUACGACAUUCACAAUCGUGGCCGUGAUAAUUCGGAUUAAAGAGGGUCACUCGAAAGGCAACCAAACCGAAAUGAUUUAUCACAUGCCGUUCGAAGUAUGGUACGGACCAAAAGCUUUACAGUCUCCCAGCUUUGAGAUUGCCUUUAUAUGUCAGAUAUUGGCAUCGGUUAUCUGUUGUGCCGGAAUUAUCGGUUUGGACGCUACUAUGAUGACCUUGAUAUUACAUAUAUGCGGUCAAUUCAAAUUAAUUCAAGCAUGGUUCCGCAGUAUUGGAAGGAAUGUCGGUCAAGCUUUGAUAAAGGACAAUACGAUUUCCGUGAAGCUAAAAUGUCAGAUAAAGAAAAGCAUUGAGCAUCACCAACGAAUGAUAAUUGUGGUUAAAGAAACGAACGAUUUAAUAAGUCCCAUAAUAUUUGUACAAAUUUUGACGAGCGGAUUGGAAAUUUGUUUGAGCGGUUAUUCCGUAAUGUACGGUGCUUCUGGGUUAGAUUUAAUAAAAUUCAUUUCUUAUCUAUCCUCGAUGAUGAUACAAUUGUUAAUUUGGUGUUGGCCCGCCGAAUUACUUGUUCAAGAGAGCAUCAAAAUAGCAGAUUCGAUUUAUUUCGACAUACCUUGGUAUAAUUUACCAACGACGUAUCGGAAGGACCUCUGUCUGGUUAUUAUCAGAGCAUAAGCUUAUUGUUGCCUAAACGCGGCAAUAUUUAAAGUUUUAUCCCUUCAAACUCUUACUAAGGUCUUCAAUACGGCAGCUUCUUACUUCACACUUUUGAAAGAAAUGUAGCCAAUGUAAAUGCAUUUAUUUAAUGUUUAAGAAUAAAAUUAAUAUUGUUCGUUGUAA